AUGAUUUGUGAGGAAAUUGGUGGUCAUCCCUUUUGUUUACUUGUUGACGAAGCACGUGAUGAGUCUCAUAAAGAGCAAAUGUCUCUUGUUUUGAGAUUUGUUAAUAAAGAGGGUUUCAUUAUAGAACGUUUUUUUGGACUUGUUCAUGUACGUGACACUACGGCACAAACGCUCAAGGAUGGAAUCUAUUCUUUGUUGUCACAUUACAAUCUUGAUGUCAAGUCUAUUCGUAGACAAGGGUAUGAUGGUGCAAGCAAUAUGCAAAGUGCUUCUUCCAAACGCACUGAUCAACUACGAGAUGCACAAGUCGAGCAAAUUGCAUACUUGAUUUCUGUUGAUGAAUUAGAGACCGGUAGAGGUCUCAAUCAAAUUGGUACAUUACAACGAGCCGGAGAUACACUUGAGCAUCAUUACCGAGUGGAUAUCUUUUAUAAAGCAAUUAAUUGUCAAUUAAUGGAAUUAGAUCAUCGUUUCAGUGAUGGUUCCAUGGAGAUGCUUCGUCUUGCUUCAACUCUAGAUCCUAAAAAUGCGUACGAGACUUUUAGAAGUCUUGAUGUACGACAACUUGUAGAGAAGUUUUAUCCUGAAGAUUUCAGUGAUCAUGAGAGAACAAUUCUGAAAAUGCAACUUCAGCAUUAUGCUAUUGAUGUCGUUCAACAUGUAGAUUAUAAGCAAUUGACAUCUCUUGCAGAAUUGGGUCAAUGGGAAGUAGCUGAAAAGAUUAGUUUGGAGGAAAUUGUGGAAGAGUUCAAGGUCGCAAAAGAUAGACGGGUUCCACUUUGA